AUGUUUCUUACUCAAACUACUUACGCAACUGGCGUUAAUCCACACUCAGUAGCAGUAGUGGAUGUGAACAGUGACAAUAAACCCGAUAUUAUUGUCGCAAACUAUGGUUCGAGCACCGUCGGUGUUCUCCUCAACAAUGGCAAUGGCAUAUUUCUUACUCAAACUACUUACGCAACUGGCGCUAAUCCAUACUCAGUAGCAGUAGUGGAUGUGAACAGUGACAAUAAACCCGAUAUUAUUGUCGCAAACCUGGGUUCGAACACCGUCGGUGUUCUUCUCAACAAUGGCAAUGGCACAUUUCUUAAUCAAACUACUUACGGAACUGGCUCUCAGCCAUACUCAGUAGCAGUAGUUGAUGUGAACAGUGACAAUAAACCCGAUAUUAUUGUCGCAAACUAUGGUUCGAGCACCGUCGGUGUUCUCUUACGUUGUUGA